AUGGCAGAGCAGGAGCAGAGACCCACGGAAAAGCCUACGGAAAAGUGGUUGAGCCCCCAACUCUCGUCUUACUUUAUCGCCGGAGGCAUCGCAGGCGCCGCCUCGCGGACAGUGGUCAGUCCCUUGGAGAGACUGAAAAUCAUCCAGCAAGUGCAACCUCCAUCCUCGGACAGGCAGUAUAAGGGCGUGUGGAACAGCCUUGUCCGCAUGUGGAGGGAGGAAGGUUUCAAGGGCUUCAUGAGGGGCAACGGUAUCAACUGUUUGCGGAUAAUACCUUACAGCGCAGUCCAAUUUACGACCUAUGAGCAGCUCAAGAAAUGGUUCACCGGAUACGGGAACAAACAGCUCGAUACCCCGAAGCGGCUCUGCGCUGGCGCCCUCGCUGGAAUCACUUCUGUCUGCACAACAUAUCCAUUAGAUCUCGUUCGUUCGCGAUUAUCCAUCGCGACGGCAUCUAUCCCCUUGCAAGCGGCGGCGGCGUCGACCUCGUCUUCGAAGGCCGCGCAAUCAGCCCUGGCGUCGGCAUACCAUACAGCGUCUGCUACAACACGAUUGACCACGCACUCAGUCUUUUCGCCACAGGAUCUCACAGUAUGGGGAAUGACACUUAGGGUGAUGAGAGAAGAAGGAGGAGUUAGAGCACUAUAUCGUGGACUGAUACCGACGGCUAUGGGCGUCGCGCCGUACGUUGGUAUCAACUUCGCCGCUUACGAGGCACUUCGAGCAAUCAUUACACCACCUGGGAAGAGCGGCGUGCAUCGGAAGCUGGCAUGCGGCGCGUUGGCCGGUUCGGUAUCGCAAACCCUAACGUAUCCGUUCGAUGUUCUUCGGCGGAAGAUGCAGGUGACAGGAAUGAAUAUGCUCGGAUACAAAUACAACGGUGCCCUGGAUGCGCUUCAGCAUAUUAUCCGGGACGAGGGCGUCAGAGGACUGUAUAGAGGGCUCUGGCCGAAUCUCCUGAAGGUUGCGCCGAGCAUUGCCACGUCCUUCUUUACUUAUGAGCUUGUGAAGGAGCUGCUGGGUGCUUCAUGA